AUGCCAGUUGGGAUGGCUCGAGACCUGGAGGAAACUGGCUCAUCCUCAGAGGAGGAGGAGGAAGAUGUAGAUGAGCUGGAGGAUCAUCCAUGUAUCAAGUGGACUGGUGGCGGCUGCAGACGGAUCCCGGUCUUGGUGUUUCAUGCUGAAGCCAUUCUGACCAACGACAGCUACCUCCGCUUAAUUGGAGAACGAUACCACAUGUCCUAUAAGAUUGUGCGAACAGACAGCCGUCUGGUUCGGAACAUUCUGGCUGCCCAUGGAUUCCAUGAGGUGCACCCUAGUAGCAGCAAUUAUAAUCUUAUGUGGACAGGAUCACACUUGAAACCCUACUUGCUGCGUUCCCUUACAGAUAUUCAGAAAGUCAAUCAUUUCCCUAGGUCGUAUGAACUGACGCGAAAGGACAGACUAUACAAGAAUGUCAGUCGUAUGCAGCUGGCCCAUGGAUUCAAGACAUUCCAUAUCUUACCUCAGACCUUCAUCCUCCCCACAGAGUACCAGGACUUCUGCAAUACCUAUUCUAAGGACAGAGGCCCAUGGAUAGUGAAACCUGUGGCAUCUUCCAGGGGUCGAGGCGUCUACCUGAUAAACAAUCCAGACCAGAUUGUCCUGGAAGACAACAUCCUGGUUUCUCGUUACAUCACCAACCCUCUGCUCAUAGAUGAUUUCAAAUUUGAUGUGCGCCUCUAUGUUCUCGUUACAUCCUAUGAUCCGCUUGUCAUCUAUCUCUACGAGGAAGGAUUGGUCAGGUUUGCAACAGUGAGGUAUGACCAGGCAUCCAAGAACAUUAAAAACCAGUUCAUGCAUCUGACCAACUACAGUGUCAACAAGAAGAGUGGAGAUUAUGUCAGCUGUGAUGAUCCUGAAGUAGAGGAUUAUGGAAACAAGUGGAGCAUGAGUGCAAUGCUGAGGUACUUAAAACAAGAGGGGAGAGACACUGCAGCACUGAUGGCCAGCGUGGAGGACCUGAUUAUCAAGACUGUAGUUUCUGCUGAGCUGGCCAUUGCCACAGCUUGUAAAACUUUCCUUUCACAUCGUGGCAGCUGCUUUGAGCUGUAUGGAUUUGAUGUCCUUAUUGAUGACACUCUCAAGCCCUGGCUGUUGGAAGUGAACCUGUCCCCAUCAUUGGCCUGUGAUGCUCCUUUGGACCUGAAGAUCAAAGCUAGCAUGCUCUCAGAUAUGUUCACUCUUGUAGGCUUUGUGUGCCAGGAUCCAGGUCAGCAGUCAAGCCGAGCCACUUCUUGUUCAUCUGAUUCUGUCAGGAGAAGUCCAUACCAGAAGCUGCAGCGUCCUGUUUCUGCACAGACUCAAACAGCAAACACCAAAUUGCGUACCCGUCCUCUGUCUGCUAGUGAUGCUGAAAUUAAAAACCCAAUGCCCUCAGGCAGGGAAAAAGCAACAGGAAGGCAAGGCAGCUCCAUGCUAGGUCUCUCCAUGGAGGAGAUAAAAGUUCUUCGUCGAGUGAGAGAGGAGUAUGAACGAAGAGGAGGCUUCAUACGGAUAUUCCCUACCCCAUUAACAUGGGACCUUUAUGGAUCCUUUUUAGAACACAAGACAUCAAUGAACUACAUGCUGGCUACACGUCUGUUUCAGGACAGGGGCAAGAUGAAAAGAGACUUCAGCGCUGGCAGAUCCCGAGCAGGUCUUAAAGAAAGGCUGGAUAUGAGGCUGGAAAGUAUAGGCUCUCACGCUGUCUUUUAUGAGAGAAAGCUUCUUUCACUGGAGCUGCGGAAGCGCCGGCGAUGUCAUGGCAAGGCUAGAGCAACACGAACAAGAUCAUCAGGGACAUCAGAACCAACAAAGCUGUCCCUCAAGUCAGACACAGAAGGUGAGGAGGAAGAAGAGGUGGAUGCUGAUGAAGAUGAAGAGCUUGAUAGAACCAUUGGCUCUCUUUUGGAUACCCAGGAGAAAAGCAAGCCAAAGGGCUCUACCUUGGUGAAAUCUACUAGUAAGGACAAGUUGCUAAAAGAACUUGACAAGGAAACUGGAGACGGAGGAGAACCAAUUCUUAAAAAAACAGACUCAGAACCUCAGUUUAACUUGCUGCAGAUUCUUCAAAAGAAUGGAAACCUAAGCAAAGUGCAAGCUCGCAGGGCUUUUGCUGCCUAUCUACAGCACGUUCAGUUGAGACUGUCAAAGGAGGCUGGUGACCAGAUCCAGAAUCCUGCCUGGGCUGCCAAAGAGGAUGAGCAAAUGGAGCUUGUUGUACGCUUCCUGAGGCGAGCUGCCAGCAAUCUGCAGCAGUCCUUGAGGAUGCUACUCCCCAGACGUCACUUAGGACUGAAAGACCGUCGUCGUAUCCUAGCUCAGCAGUUGGGCGAGUUCAUAAUCUGUUAUAACAAGGAAACAGAGCAGAUGGUUCAGAAGCAAUCACAAAACAAACAGGAAGAGGAGGAGAAGGGAGUGAAUCCUGAAGGUUUUCAGAACUUUAUUACCAGAGCAAGUGAAAGUGACCUGGAGGAAGUGCUGACAUUUUACACGCACAAAAACAAGUCGGCAAGUGUCUUCCUAGGAACAAACUCCACAGGCACAAAAUCCAGCAACAUCAGUAACCAGUCAGAGAAACAGCCUCAAGGGGAGCAUCCUGAGGUGGUGAAAAAAACAAAAGGUGGUCAGCCCAAAAGUUCAGCUGCAGAUCUGCUUGCAGAAGGAGAAUUGAAAGGCUAUAAAUCCAAAGAAGUUAAAUCAACUUUUCCAGAAGAACCUGCCUCCUUAAAUACUGAAGUGAAAUUACCUCGGUGUCACCCUCCUAGUGCUGCUUCCUGUGUUUCUGGUGCCACAUCCCAGACAAGUACCAGUUCCUGGCUACCAUCUCAGCCUGCAGCCUCUGAAAAUUCAUCGGUCCCUGGUCACCAUUCAUUGCCGACUCCUCUAGCUGGUCCCAGGCUGAUUCAGUCCCCAUCCCCAGUAACCUCCUCACAGAGCACAGCUCCUGACAGCUUUUCUGCCUUUACAAACUCAGAAUCCAGUGAGGCAUCUAGCCUUGCAGUGUCACAUCGUUGUCAUUCUGGUAGCUGCCCGAUUGGCCCAUUCUCAUCUCUUCAGAGAGCUGCUCAGAUCUACAGCCAAAGAUUGUCCCGAUCACCGUCUGCAAAAGUAGGUUUGUGCCAUCGCAGUCCAAGUGGGCAGCAUAUGGGAUCAGCCCGGAUGCACAAAGAUGUAGAAGAUACUUCUUCCCAGGGCAAACAUUAUAGCCCUGGUACGGUAGCAUCAGAACUGGAGCAGCUGGCAGAAAAGCAGGCAGCCUGUCAGUAUUCCCCACCAAGCAACAUCAGUCUCUUUACACAACAGUUAACAAACCUGAACUUGGCAAGUGGAGCUAAAAGCAAGCAGAAUGCAGCAACCCCACAGAGCUGCCGAUCAGCACUCAGCAAAGCAAGGUCAUUGUGGGCUGUUCAGUCAGACACUCGUAUAGCUGAAAAAAAAUCAGUCUCCUUAGCAGUCAGGGCUCCAGAGAAUCAUCAUUUUGGCUGUGAAGGAGAGUUGGAGAACAGUGUCUACAACAAGUUGACAAAAAGACCGCUGGCACAUCCCAACUAUCAGCUCCAUUUUGCUGUGCAACAGCUUCAGCAGCAGAAACGUCAGUCACCGCAGCUGUCGGAGCAAAGCCAAGCCCGACACCAGGCUCUCUUUGCCAACUACUCACAAUCCAGCACCAGCCAUAUAUCCAUGCCAGCUGGCUCUGAUGCCCACAAGAUGUCAAGUGCCACUUCUAGUAUCCAGAAGGCAGCCAGUUUGCACAAAGUGAUGCCAUCCCAGAGUAUGCCUUCUCAGCUGGUUCCAAAGCCUCCAGUAAACCACAGGCAGGCAGUAGUCAGAAAGGCUGCAGCCCAGAGGAUUUCCAAGGUGACCUCUACUGAAAGGCAACUGAACAGUUUCCAGAACAGCCUUCACAGUACUGCAUCUUGUGAGCCAGGGACAAAUUCCACAGAAUAG